GGGAGGACUCGGUGAUCAGCCGGGCCAGGGGGGGCAGCAGCGAGUCAGCUUUCUAUGUGUUAACCGCUGGAGGACUGAGUGGGAGGACUCGGUGAUCAGCCGGGCCAGGGGGGCAGUAGUGGGUCUUGUUCCCAUGGCAGCAGUGCAGUGAUCAGCCGGGCCAGUGGGGGCAGCAGUGAGGCAGAGCUCGGCCGCCUGUUGCCCGGUUGACGGCGGGAGGAGCGCGGCAUUACCGGUUUGGACAUUAUGCAAUGCUAAUCAUCUCUGAUCAAACCAUCAGGCAUUGGUUUUUGUUGAGUGUUGAUAAAAUAAUCUCUGAAGAUGGAGUGGGGAUCCUGGGUUUGUUGUGAGAAGAUGGCUGUCCUCCAUGGUGGCUUUCUCUUGGCUCAGAAGAGAAGUGAACCAGCAAAGCUUUUGGAAAUAAAGAAAUCUGACUGGGCAACUCUGGGAAAGCCGAUAGUUAAUGCUGUGCGUGAGAUCUGUGCCGGUGAGGCUGGUGUGGUGCAGGGUCCUGGAGAAACUAGGUUGUGGCAGAAGAAAGUGCUUGCAUAUGUGUGGGCAAAGCUGCUAAACCCCACCUCAAAUGAACCUAAUGUGAAGGAGAAGGUGGAUUCACAUACUGAGAGUGACCGGAGAUGGAAGGAAGACCUCUUCUUUCCAGCAGAAAGCAUGAUUCCAGACAUAAAUCACACCGUCUUAUUUGAGCUGGUAAAGUCCUUGGGGGCUUCCGAAGUCUUUGUGGAAUUGCUCUCUGCGUUGCCAGCAGGCACGUGCCACCUGGAGGUGACCCGUUUUGUGGACCAUGUCCUUGAUGGGACUACUGAUGAAGAUGUGGCCACCUUUCUCGACGUGUGGUGGGAAGCACUAAAGCUGUACGAAGGGCCGAGGGAUGAAAUUGUUAGAACAUUUGGCGACGAGGUUAAAAAAUACCUCGCACGUGCGUCCGAUGUAUUCUGCCAUUCGUCCAAAAGAAUCAGACUAGAUCCCGAUGUGUCUUUGUUCCCUUCCAUUAGCUCCCCUGGAUCUUCAAGUAACCUGUCCAUUCCUUGCCUAUUUCUCCAUGGACUUAGAAAAAUGAAAGCUCGUGUCACACCUUAUGAUUAUAAAUGCUCUGCUAUAACAAAGUUGACGGAUACCUUACGCAAGUCACUCCUUUCUGACGGUGCCAUUGAGCAUUCUGCUGAGGUAUAUUUGCAGAAACUGUCUGAACUGAUUGUAUUAGGUAAUCCUAAAGCCCAAACACUUCCAGUUGCAGAGAACUUUGUACGGAUUGUAAAGAACGCAGAGAGGGAGCUGAGAGCCCCCUACCAAAAGUCCGCUUUCCAAUUGCCACAGGGUGAAUUAGCUCCAGGGAUUGAAUUACUUGCAGAAAUCUUCCGGUCAUGGGCACCUGAAAUUCAGACUGAAUCGAAGAAAGACACCAACAUUGAGAGGAGAAGCCUUGCUCUGUAUAGAAUGGUGGAAAGUUUGAAAUGCCUAAAUCAAGUCAGUCCAUUAAUUCAAAAUGGCGACAUGAUACCUCAAAAUACAAAGGAAAUUCUGUCUGAUUUCAUACUGAGUUCAUGCUCCUUUGUGCGGAAGUGUGACUCCUACGUAUCGUUGGAUGAUGCUGCUACUGUUGAUAAAGUGAAGAUGUCUGUGGCUUUUGCCAUAAUUAACAAUAGAAUGGAAAGGCAUGCGGAAGUGUGUGAAAUAUUUGCGUCAACUCCCGGUUGGGCUUUUGCCGAGGGUGGGUGGCUUAAUUGCCUGGAGAGAAACGGAGAGGUUUUUCGGAGCACUGAUGUAGUUUUGAAGUUAGCUGGUAUACUUAAAGACAGGUCAUCCUGCACUGCCACUGCCCAGUCGGAGGUCAAACGAUUCAAGAAUGUGGUUUUGGAUUGUCUGUCUGCUCUCCCCCUCUUGGACAAAAACAAAGCUCUUUUGGGGGUGCUGCAUGCCUACGGAGGCCAAGGACUCUGCCGAGAUGGAGGGCCUAUGAAGGAGUGGUUCGAAGAAGAGGUGAACAUGGUCUUCAAUUGUAUUACCCAGAGUGAGACUGUAAAUAGUAUUGAUAAGGCAGUCACUGCCGUCUUAAGGGUUGCUUUUCUCAAUCCCGAGACCACCCUGCAGAAGAUGUGCCGCUUGGCUGCUGUGAAUCUGGGAGCUCAUCGGCUAUUUAGCCAGAUCCUGAAGAAUCUACCAGCGCUGUCUCAUGAGGACGACCGGUCCUCGGAAGGGAUAAACAUCUUGGCCAUGUGUCUCUUGGAAACCACCGUCGACAGCCUUGCCACCGCCAAGGCGGAGAAUCAGUUCCUCGAGUUCCUGACAUCUCUGAUGGAACCAGGAGAGAUGAUCGAUCCAGAACUUCCACGCCCACUUCUCCAGCCCGCCCAGGUCGUAAAGAUAUUUGUUCUUCCUUACCUGACCGGAGGUGACUCUAAUAUCGUGUUUCCCCUCAAGGUUCUCAACAGGGCUCUAAAAAUGCCCGUGACUGAUGAUGGGACCAAGGAGCACUGGCUCCUGGCCUGUUGCCCAUUUCCUCUCGUCUUUGCUCUCUCUCAGCUCCUGGACAGAUGCAUCUUGUGCUGGGAGGAGGACAGUGCCGAUAUGUCUACUCGCGUUUCCAUAGAAACGAAGACUCUCCUCACGCAGACGUUGGAAAUGGUCUGCGAUGCUGUCGAACAGAUCAUUUCCGUAAACCCAGAGACAUGGUCAACCUCUGUACAUUGGCUGUACAGGAAAGCCGAACAGUUGGACUGGACUGUACGCAUUUGCUUGAAGAGCAUCUUUGGCGGACAUUUUAAGUUCGAGGUGCCUGCCACACUGUUUGAGGUGUGCGACCUCUCGGAUGAUGGCUGGUCACCACUGAACCUUCCACAGUAUGGUCCAGGCACGGGGCUGCUGGCCUGGAUGGAGUGCUGCAGUGCUUCUACACACAUGAUGGACCAGAUGCUCUCCCAUCUAAUAAUAGACUCCAAGAACGUGGAGGAGGUCAACAUGUUCAGCAAGGGCUUUCUGGUCGCACUGAUUCAGCUCCUGCCUUGGUGCAGUUCCAGCGAGUGGAAGCGCCUCAACCACAUUGUGAGGAGCCUCCUCCAGCGGGAGUUGCUUCACGUGCCGUUUACCCUGGAAUACGUCCACUACCUGCCGCUUCUCAACCUGCAGCCCUUUGCACAUCACCUGCAGUUCUCUCAGCUUCUUCUCCGAGCCUUCCAGCUCAUCUGCAGCCACGGCUGUUCCGACUGGCUGCCGCCCGCGGGGUGGACGCACGUGGCAAGGCAGUGUGCCAGCAGCAUGUCGGACAUCUUGGAGUCCGUGAAGUGCAAGCUCAAAGGACUGGGAGCUCAGAACCUGGACGCAAACCAGGAGGUUCUCUUUGUAAUCAUGCAGCUUUUUUGUCACGUCAUUCACAUAAUGGUCAUGAUGCCCCCUGGGACCUCUGAUUCCCUGUACUACGUAUCUCUGGAGCUGCUUUCACAGUACGAGACUCUGAUGUCGGCCAAUACCUCCACUAGCGGGCUACUGAACAAGGCCAAUGAAAAGCACUUCCUCCAUUCCAUAGCUGAGAAUCUGGUCAGUGAAGAACAGCGGUCAAUAUUGUUGCAGAAAAUCAGUAAAAUUUGUUAAACUGAACAUUGCCUGAAGACUGAAGAAGGGUCUCGACCCGAAACAUCACCUGUUCCGUUUCUCCAGAGAUGCUGCCUGAGCGGCCGAGUUACUCCAGCAUCUUGUGUCUAGCUGCGGUGUAAACCAGUAUCUGCAGUUCCAGUUAACAUUGAUAACAAGUGUAUCACAUUGCUGUAGGAGUUUUUCAUUCUAUUCAAAUAAAAUAAACCUUUGAUUUUGUU